GUUCUUUUUUAUGAUCCCGAAUUUUUGAUUUCAGGAGCUUACUUGCGCUGUUCUUCGCCCUGCACCUCGUCCUGAUUCGCUAUGUGGCCGAAGCUGACGAAUAAAUCUACCCACUUUGACUUCGAGCCUUUAGAGAGAUCUCAAAGCGAGGACGAUCCGGACAGAAAUAAAUCAGGAUUUCUUCUGCAGCUAGCGAAGGUUGUAGCCGUCUUGACGCAGUGUAUUCUUGUGGCUCUUAUCAUCUUCCUAAUCUUGGGGAUUGUCGUAUACUUUGACAAGAAGGAUGAAGAUGUGGACUAUGCUUUAUCGAAAGCAGUGAAAGAUGUUGAAAGAUACACGUCAAUGUUUGAGGAAUUCAUCAAAAGCUACAACCGAAACUACACCGAUAAGAAAGAGAGAUGCUAUCGCUUUGCUGUAUUUGUGGAAAAUGUGCAGUUCUUCGAAGAGGAGGAGAGGAAACAUCCAGGCGUGGACCUCGAUGUCACCAGAUUUGCAGAUUGGACAGAGGAAGAAAUGCGGAAGCUCCUCUCUCGCGACUUGCCAGAAGUGAUGAGUGACGUGCUACUGCCCAAAGAAGAGAGCGUGCCACUAAAUAUGGCCAACAGACCAGUAACAAUUGAUUGGAUGAGUUCAGGAAAAGUCACUCCUGUGAAGGACCAAGGACAGUGCGGCUCUUGCUGGGCUUUUGCAACAGUUGCUGCUGUAGAAACCGCACAUGCCAUCAAAACCGGCCAACUGGUGAGCUUGAGUGAGCAGGAGUUGGUGGAUUGUGAUGUCAGAAAUAACGGAUGUACUGGUGGCUACAGACCUUACGCUAUGAGCUUUGUGAAGGAGCAUGGGCUAUCGAAGGAACAAGAGUAUCCGUAUACUGGUACCGAUCACAACACUUGUCGUACGAGUAACUCCACGGGCCGUAUCUUCAUCAAAAGUUAUAGAAUUCUUUCUCGAAAUGAAGAAGUCAUAGCAGAUUGGGUGUCCACUAAUGGGCCAGCUACGUUUAGCAUGAACGUUACAAAAGCCCUCUAUAGCUACCGUAGCGGCAUUUUUGCACCAACGCAAGAAGAUUGUGAGGAGCAUUCCCUUGGAUCUCACGCUCUGACCAUCGUAGGAUACGGCACUGAAGGACAACAACCUUACUGGCUCGUCAAGAACUCGUGGGGUACGCGAUGGGGUCAAAAUGGCUACUUCAGACUGGCAAGAGGCCAGAACUCAUGCGGCACCGCUAAUAGUGUCGUUGCGCCUAUCAUGCAAUAAUUUUGUGCACUCCGAAUAGUAGUAAAUGUUAUGUAUUUUGUUAAAAUGAUCUUUGUUUUUGUUGAUGAUGUGUAAUGAUCUGCAAUGAAGUGAUGCUGAGAC